GGUGGUGAAAAGGCAGCUCCUUGAGGAAGUGUUGGAAAACGGCUCCUAUCAGGUCAACAACCACCUGGACCACCUGUACAAACCACGGCGCAUAAAGCACAUGCUCACUAUUGCGGAGGAGGUGGUUGGUAAGGAGAUGGAGUACAGUGAUCUGAGCAGGAACAGUGAGCACUUUGUCACCGAUCUGAGAUAUGGCAAGGCCAGCGGCCGGCAGUUUCGUGAAGAGCCCAAGCCUGGAGACCUGAUUGAGAUUUCCCACAUGGGCUCCUCGCACUGGGCCCUCUAUGUGGGCGAUGGUUAUGUGAUCCACCUGGCUCCCCCAGGGGAGAACUCUGAGGCUGGCGCCCCCACCGGCUUAGGGGUGGUGAAAAGGCAGCUCCUUGAGGAAGUGUUGGAAAACGGCUCCUAUCAGGUCAACAACCACCUGGACCACCUGUACAAACCUCGGCCCAUAAAGGAGAUACUCAAGUCUGGGAAGGAGAUGGUUGGUAAGGAGAUGGAGGACAGUGAUCUGAGGAGGAACUGUGAGCACUUUGUCUCCGAUCUGAGAUAUGGCAAGGCCCACAGCCGGCAGUUUCGUGAAGAGCCCAAGCCUGGGGACCUGAUUGAGAUUUUCCGAAUUGGCUAUGAGCACUGGGCCCUGUAUGUGGGCGAUGGUUAUGUGAUCCACCUGGCUCCCCCAGGGGAGGACUCUGAGGCUGGCGCCCCCACCGGCUUAGGGGUGGUGAAAAAGGAGCUCCUCGUGGACGUGGCGGGAAACUGCUCCUAUAAGGUCAACAACUACUUGGACCACCUGUACAAACCAUCACCCAUAAAGAAGAUCAUCGCAUUUGGGAACUGGUUGGUUGGUAGGAAGACGGAAUACCAUGUUCUGAGCAGGAACUGUGAGCAAUUUGUCACCGAUCUGAGAUAUGGCAAAGACCCCAGCCAGCAGCACGUUGAAGAGCCCAGGCCCGGAGACAUGAUCGAGAUCUCUCACCGGCUCUACUGUCACUGGGCGCUCUAUGUGGGCGAGGGUUAUGUGGUCCAUCUGACUCCUCGAGGUCAGUGGCGCAGUACUGGAUUCUCGAACUUGUCUAUGUUUCUGAGUGGCAGGGCUGAGGUCACAAAAGAGCCUCUGCUGAAGGCGGCUUCCGGCUGUCCCUACAAGGUCAACAACCACUUGGACCAUAAGUACAGGCCCCGGCCUGAGCAUGAGAUCAUCACUUCCGCCAAGGAGAUGAUUGGUAACCAGAAGACUUACUUAGUUCUUCUGGAAAACAGCCAGCGUUUUGUCGCUGACCUGAGAUAUGGCUUGUCCCGCCGGGAGUUGUCAAGUGAAGACCCAAUGCCUGGAGACCUGAUUGAAAUCGGUCAAGGUGUUCAUAAGCACUGGGCAAUCUAUGUGGGAGACGGCUUUGUGAUUCAUGCGACAACCUCAGGUGUGUCCUGCGGGCCGAGCUCUUCCAAGAAUGUCCAUGACUAUGUGGUGAAAUGUGACCCUCUGAAGGCAGUGGCAGAGGAUAACAAGUACAAGGUCAACAACUACUUGGAUAACCAGGUCAGGCCCCGGCCUGGGCAUGACAUUGUCAGUUUGGCGAGGAAGAAAGUUGGUGAAACCUGGAAUGACAACCUUUGUUUCCCAACUGUGAGCGCUUUGUCGCUAAACUGAGAAAUGGCCGCCCUGCAGCCAACAGGGUGGAGCUGUGAGUCAGCUGGUGCUUGUGCGGCUGGGCCACCAUCCUGGCUGCUGCUUCCCGUGCUCCCCAGAAGCAGUAAGUGCGUGAGGAAGCCACUGAAGUCUCCAGCUAGAGGCUGCGUCAAGCACCAGCUGCUCCCCUCUGUGCCUGGUUCUCUCGCCCUGGCAUCGUGAGGAACCACUUCUAACAAGACCACAGCUUCUUGAAGAAAAUGAAUGAGUCCAGUGACCCCUUCAUCAAAUAUUUCCCCUGCUUUCCUGCAAACCCAAGCAUCUUUGGAUAUUCUUGAAAUAUUAAUGUUUAUUGCAUGUAAUAUUAUUAUAGGUAAGAUCCUUUUGCUUGAA